AUGCAAGGGACAUCAGAUGAUCAAAGGAUGUCACCAAAUUCUAGAGCACUGAUGGAACCUUCUGAAGAUGUUGAAAAUAAUAGACAGAUUUUUACAUCUCAUACCAAUAAUACCACCUGCUAUACAGAUAAAUCAGAAAUUACCUCAGUAACACAAGCACCAGAUUGGUCAGAAAAUUUUGAACAAAAGGAAGAAAUUAUGAUAAAACAGAAAAAAAGUACAACAAGCAAUGAUGCCAAUACGGAACGAAACGAAUCAAGAGGUAGCGUUGAAUUACCAGAUCAGGUAUACGGUACGGAACAAUAUCCUGUUAUUCCUGAAACUGAAUCAACGAUACAUUACGAUAUAAGUUCAAAUUACGAGAAUGCAGGAAAACAGAAUGCUGAUAGCUCUGAAAUGACAGGUUUUCAACAAACAGGUGACACUACGCUUAAUGAACAACCAGUGGAGUAUGAACAAUAUACUUAUUCUUACAAUGAACCACAGAUUCAAAGCUUUGAUGAAGUGAAAAAUGUAAACUACGAUUACGGUACGACAUCGUAUCCUGAUUAUGAACAACAACAGCAGCAGCAAAAUGAAGUGUUUACAAAUUAUCAAGAUUAUAACGAAAUGAAUUAUGGAACAACGUAUCAAAGCUAUAAUCAACAAUCAACUGUAAGUGAAGACUACACACAACAACUGAUAACAAAGCAGGAUUACGAUCAACAACCUACCGUACUUCCUGAUUACGGUGCUUCACAAUAUAAUCAAUCACAGGGAUAUAGCUACGAUAGCUAUAAUACUUAUGCGUCAUCUUAUAUGCCAUCAGCAAAUGACCACCAAAAUUAUGAAAGUCAGACUGGUUCAGAAUCUUAUCCAGAAACAACCGGUGAUUACGAUAUGUCACAUUAUCAACAACCUGUUGCAGAAAAUUCUACUACAUCUCUUCACUCUAAUGAUGGUUAUCGAUCUCCUAUGAUACCACAAUACAUUGCACCAUUAUUUCCAGCCGUCAUUAGGUCGGAACCAAAUCCAUUUUCUUGGGAAGCACAAGAAAGUGUAGCAGCAACGGUUACACAAUCGAUGCCACAACCUGAUAUCCAGUCAUCACAAGCAUUUCCUACUGAAACAUAUCAACAAAAAGAAAUAGCAACGGAAAAUGAUAAUAGCGUUCAAAAUGAUGUAGAAACGAGGCGAAAACCACCUUUACGACCUGCUCCCCCAUCGCCAUCCGUUGAACGUCCAGUACCACCAACACGACCUCCAGUACCACUCCCAACAACAAAAUCAAAAUAUUCCAUUGAACCGUCAAUGCAUCAACAAUUACCGCCUAAGUUGAUGGAAUCAGAACCAGAAGAAGAUGCAUGGACACAGUUUAAAAAAUUAACAGAAAAAGCUACAUCAGCUGUGAAAUCAACUGAAGAAAAAUUGAGAGAAUUGGAAAAAACUACAGCAGCCAAAGAUAUCAAAGAUGAAAGUUACCUCUCACAAAUUGGUGGUUCUCAAGCCUAUAUUCCGGAACAUGCCUAUAAGCAAGCACGAGAGCAGGGAUCUCUGAUUGCACCGAUAAAAGAGAAAAAAAAGAAUAAACACGGAAAAUCAAAGAAAAUACCGGAACCGGAAUUGACAUUAGCACAGGAAGAUGAUAUGGAUCGAGCUGCUAUGGAAUUAGCAAAGAAGAUGGCUGCUACAAGAAUUGAUUUACAGGAUUGGAAGCCACCAAAGGAACAACAAGGACCAUCAAGUCCUAACCAGCAAUCAAACAAAUCAUCUGAGGAAAUUCCAAUGACAAUGCUAGCAUCAGCUAAAUCGAGCAGUAACGAUGCUGUAAACAAGGAAGCUUCAGAAACAUUUGCAGAAACAAAUACCGCAGCAACUUUUAGCCCAAAGUUAGAGAAUCGAACUUGGACUGCAUUUGAUGAUUCACAGCCAACUGAAUUACCAAUAUCUGAAUCAGGUUUUUUCACAAAUGCCUCUGUAGCUCCAGUUUCGCCUGAUAAAGCAUUUGGUUUCACUGUUGCGCCCAAUGAACUUAAUGCUUCGAUCAGUGAAAAUUUAAUUGAUGAGGAUUAUGAUCCAUUCAAUGUACCUUCAGCAGAUGAUUUAGUUAAAGAAGCAAAAUUACGAGCUGCUGCUGCAUUAGCUGCAGAAGAAACUGAAGAAGAUAUUAACUUUUUUGCUACUGCUAAAAUAAAUGAAGAAAAAAAAAGUGAUAUUAGCACACCAACACAAGAAGGUGGUAGUCCAGCUAGUUCACGACCUGCUGGAUUUGAUGAUGAAUUCCGUAUGGAAGAUGGUAAUAUCAGUACACCAAGUCCAUUAUACGAUGAAGAUGAUAGUGAGCCAUUGACUGAUUUUCCAGAUAAAUUUACCGGUGAUGGUUGGGAAAUGAUGAUUCGAUACCCUAUAAAGAAGAAAAUUAUGAGUGAUCGUUACUGGAAGCCAUGUUAUGUGAGAAUACGUAACAAUACCCUUUUUUUGUUCAAUUCAAAAACUGAACAGAAACCAUUUAUGGAAAUUUUAUUACAGGCGACGUAUUCUCUUUCUGAUCCAACAUUACAAGCAUAUGAUGUUUAUGGCAAAAUUCAUACAGUAAAACUGCAAUAUGUUUUAUACAAAGAACGUGUUGGUAUCAGACCAGGACAAAUUUCACGAUUGGUAGAAGGACAUGUGACAAAAUAUGGUUUACCAUUAGAACAUUCAGCACAAUGUACAGUAAUACUAAAAUUUGGUUCAUUAAAUGCAUCUGAAUUGUUUACAUUUGUUGUCACAAUUGAAGAUAUUCUCUUUCGCUGCGUGGCUAUACGAAAUAAUACUCCGUUAUAUAAGCAAGAUGAAGUUCAGAUUCAUUGUUACGAUGAAUAUGCUGCAUAUGUGGACAAAUUCAAUAUUUUGAGCGAUCAAAAAGCUCGUGUACGAUUAUUUUGUCUUGCAUUUGUUUCCGGAUCACCCAUACUUGAAAUUGGUCUCAAUGAUCGUCGUAGACAAGGAAAGGAAAUAGUUCGUCGGAAAGAUAUUUUACCAAUGUAUACCGAAAGAUGGAUACGAUUUGAAAAUCUUGAAUUUCACAAUACAGUUGAAAAAGAAAUUUUUGAAAAAGAACAAAUAAUUCGACUUUCACCACCUGAUGGAUGCUUUUUUGAGGUAAUGAGAUUUCGUGUGAGGCCACCAAAAAAUCGCGAAAAGCCAUUAACAGUAAAAUGUGUGAUGAAAAUUGCUGGUUCUAAGGUUGAAAUUCGAAUUGAAGCUAUGGCAGCAGCACAAACAGAGAAAACAAAAGGUGAUUUUAGUAGCAAACGUCAGGUACCAUGCGAAGAUAUUCAGAUUCGUUUUCCAGUACCUGAAGCAUGGAUUUAUUUGUUUCGUGAAGAACGACGUUGGGGUGUUGGAUCGGUGCAUGCUAAAGUAAGACGUCCGGGUAAAGUUAAGAAUCUUAAAGAUCGUCUAAUGGGUACAGUACACAAUGUUGAAAAUUCACUCAUUGAAGCAGGUAUUGGUGAAGCAAAAUAUGAACAUGUUUUUCGUGCUUUAGUAUGGCGUAUUCCACGUCUUCCAGAAAAAUUUCACGCUGCAUACAGGGAGCAUUUAUUGCGUUGUCGGUUUGAACUUUCAUCAUUUGAUUUAAUGCCUGAAACAUUUGCGCCAACAUGUGAUGUGGAAUUUACAAUGCCACUUGCAAUGAUUAGUAAUACAGUGGUACGAUCAGUUAGCGUUGAACAACAUGAUGAUAGCGAUCGAGUGGAAAAAUUUGUACGAUAUGUGGCAAAAUGUACUUAUAAAGUUGAAAUAGAUUACGUUCAGUGUUCUGAUUUGGAUAUUGAUCCUAUAUUUGAUCCAACUACAGCUAAUCCAGCAGCUAAUCAGGAAAGCAUACCUGAACAGCAUAAAGCAAUGUUUAAUCCGGAUGAAGUGAACGAAUUGCAUGCAGGAUAUAGGAUCGAUUUUUCUGAUGCAGAAAUUGGUGCUAAAAGGCAUAAUGAUGCUGAUUCAAGUAGUGAUGAAGAAGAAAAUCGUAGUGCAAUGCCAAUGAUUCAGAUCGAUCCGAAGCAGUACGGUUAUUGA